CUGUAGCGGGAUGAUAAACGCGGGAUCGGCUCAGUGGUGGGUGUAAUAUAACGUUGUGCUCUCCAGUCGAAGCUACGCGUCAGUCAGUCGCUUACCCUCGAGCAAAUCAAAACACCGGAGACGCACGCGUCAACACACGAGAUAAUCAUGGUUACAAUUACGAGGCUUUCGCUUAUCAAAAUCGUUGAGCUGAUUAUUGUAUGCGUCGUCAUUAUUCUUCACGUUAAUCAUCAUGGUGUCAGUGCGGAAGACGUAUUCCUCUCAGCAGGAACUGAAGUGGGAUUCCUGAUAAUUUUGACGGGUCUAUUUGCCGGUGCUAUAACGGGAACACCCGUUAACCGACGUGUGGAACUCUUCUUCCUCCUUGUGGGAUGCGCCAUGUUCAUCGCCUCUGGUGCCAUCACCCUCGACAGGUACGGCGGGAAUAGAGCCGUAGCCCGUGGAUCAUUGUCAAUCGUCGAAGGUGUUCUACUCCUCUUGGACGGUUUCCUGAUAUUCCGAGGAGAGGCAUAAAUCAUUCAAUUCUUUAAACCGUACUGUUUAAUGUUAAGGGCAUUAUUAAAAAAAUUUUUUCAAGAAUAAAUUUGUUUCGAGACGGUACGGAUCUUUCUUUGCAGGGAUACACUUGGUAUUACUUGCUUUUAAAAUUGACAUUUACUUUUCUUACUAUAGAAAAUCAGCUAUAAGUAAAUAUGGAUGCUAAAUACAAUCUUUAUUUUGUAAUACAAACAAUGAAAAUGUACAACUGUCGUAAUUGCUGUAUUUUUAAGUGCCAUUUAUACACUGCGACUCAUUCCAUUAAAUUGGGAUAUUCUAAAUUUGUAUCUCGAUGACAUUUCUGGUAUCAAUUGUCAAUAUUUGCCUUUUCAUUCAUCAUUCAUGUUUACGGAAUGUAACAUUGCAUUUAUUUAUAAACUACGCGGAUGAAUACUAUUUUCGUGAUUAUAUCAGAAUAAAGUGUAUUUGUAUACAAUGA